AUGAGUAACGGUCCUAUCCUCGCCGGAUCUCCCAAUAAGAGCUGCUCCCGCGACACCCGGAGCAGCGACGGAGUUGGCGCUGAUGUGAGCAACAGGAGCAGCAGUAUCAGCGCCUCUCCUAGUGCCAAAUCCGCCAUUCCUCCAGCGAGCGAGUCGCCAUCUGCUUCGUUCUUUGACAUCUCACCACCUGCUACCCGUUCCGACACGCCUCCCCCUUCCCGCUCUUUCUUAAGCUUGCUGCCUUUCGCGUCCCUGGGUUCCAAGCGCCUUCAGCAGCAGCAGCAGCAGCAGCCGUCGACUCGUGCCGGCGUGUCAACAGCGGGAGGCUCGCUGCUCGAGUUACUCGACGAGGGGUGGUUCUCCAGCAAUGUCGCCGCGUGGCCUCAUGAUUUAACCACAAUCCAGGAAGCCGUUAACGAGACAGAGGAUGCUGAUAACGGGGAUACGCUUCCAGGGGUCCCGGAAACGGGGAGGGUUGCGUGUGCGCACGUGGAUUUAAACGCUCCGAGUCCCGCCAGCAACUUCCGCGAAGGCGCAGGUGGUGCGGCAGCGGAGUGUGAUUGCGCGGCGGCUGAUGACCGAACCAGCGGGGGUGCUUCGGCUGUGUCCGAAGCGAGCGGUUGUUCCAGGUCUGGCAGUCCCGAGCCUGACCCUGAAGGCAGCUUCGGAAAGUACCGGCGCCGCCGCGGCCGGUCGGGAAGCAGGCGGCGACCGAAGCGUAGCAGCAGCCUCGACGCGGCGCGCAUGUCGAGGCGCGUGUCGAUGCCUCCGCAUCCUCCGCUUCCGACGGACGAAGAACAGCGGGAUUCAAUAGAGACGCGAAGCAGCGACGGCGAAUGCUACGAGCGCACUACCUCCCCUUACGCUUCGUCCGGGCGGGGGACGUACGCGGAGAGGCGGGGGAGCGGUGGGGAGCAUUUCUCGGCGUUUCACCCCUCUCCCCCUUUCCGCUGGUCAGAGCGGGGUACGGGGGCGCCGGAAUCGGAGAAUGCGGCUUGCGGAAGCAGAAGCGCGGGGAAACCGCGGUAUCUGCGCACGCGGAGUGUAACGGAUUAUGACUCGGCGGAGUACGAGCGCAACAGCUCGCUGUGCCAAGGCGCACAUGAGGUGGAAGCGGACGCGGAGGGCGGAGACGGGCUCCCCUUGACGCCCUCCGCGCGUGCAAGAAGCCUGACAGAGGCUGACGUGGAGGAGCUCCGGGGGUUCAUGGAUCUGGGUUUCAACUUCCGCCAGGCGGACAUGAGCGCGCGCAUGACCGCCACGCUGCCCGCGCUGCGCCUGUAUCACGCCGUGGGGAGCGUGCAGCAGAGACUCAUCUCCCGCCACCAUCAUCACGCCGCUCCCGCUACAGCCGGUGCCGCUACAGAUGAUGUUCACAGUGCCGCUGGCGGCGCUACUGGCAGUCCUUUUGGCGGUGCUACUAGCAGCGGUGCGGACGGCAGCAUGGCAGUGGGUGUUAGCAGCGGCACCUCGUCGCCACGGAUCUUGUGCUUCCCGGGGGACCCGUUCGUUGUUGCCCGCUCCUCUGAACCCCACGCCAUGCAGCAGCGAGGCAGCUCCAUGCCGUCGUCUCCGCGCCACAUCCCAUCCCUCAUUGGCACCAGCACUAUUUGCACCAGGAGCCACAGCCAUGGGCACAGUCCGGAGCAUGAGCAGCAGGGGCAGGGGCAGAGGGGGGUGAGUGGCAGCCUGGAUGCGGAGUGGUCGUUUGCCAAUCUGCAUGACCCCCCCUCGGACGUCAAGACACACCUCAGGCUCUGGGCUCAGGCCGUUGCCAGCACUGUCAGGCAGACAUGCUAG